AUGAGAUCCCGGUCCUUGUCAGACCCAGCCACGAACCUCAAGGGGAAAGUUAUCAAUCUCGCAAGACCAAACCCUGGACGGAAGAAAACCGACCAACAGAAGCUUCGCGGUGGACACUACACUGCGGUAGCUGUUUAUAUGUCCUUUGAUCAGACCCUUGAGAGUUGUUUUCGGGCAUUCGAUUAUCAGCCCUACUACUCAGACCUCGGCCGUACAAUUUCCACCAUCAACAAUACCCCCCCUGAGGGAGAACACGAUAAUCCAAUUGAGGCCUACUUCGUUGUCUGGGCGCCAGUUCUGCCCGCUCAUACGGCACAGCGCCCAGGCGACGAAAAGGCGUUGACCAUCGCCUCCGAACCUCCCGGACGAGUAACCCAGCUGCGUCAGCUCAGCUUCACUGCCUCCAAGCUGUCUUCAAAUCGGACCACAGAAACGGAGAGCUUCAAGACCUUGGCGCAGUAA